AAAUUUGGUGGUUCGACUCUGCCAAUGCAAACAAAUUGAAGCUGCUCUGACGCUUACUUAAGCAAAUUUUACUUUGCAAAUCAUUGUAAUUUACAGCGUCCCAGACUCUAACAUAAGUGAGGAAAUUAAAAAAGCCAUAAUCUAGUGUAAUAUUCCUUUGUUAAAAUAUGGGAGGAGCUGAAGAGAAUGACAAGCAUGAGGGUGAAGUUGAGAAGGAGCAUAAGAAGGAAAAGAAAGAGAAAGCAGAGGAUGCUGGAGAGGAAUCUAAAGAGAAGAAGAAGGAGAAGAAGAAUAAGGAAGGGAAAGAGAAGAAGGAGAAGAACCCUGAAGAUAAAAAGGAUCCUGCGAUAUUAAAGCAAAAGCUUGAAAAACUAGACUCCAAGAUGCAAGCUCUGCAAACUAAGAGAGAAGAAAUAUUGAAGCUGCUUCAAGAAGUAGAACAAGGUGCAGCUAAUUCAAGUGAAGCUACUGCAUAAGAUUUAUCUCUGUGUUUAUACUGAAUAAAUAGUGUAUCUAUCUAUCUAUAUAUAUAUAUAUAUAUAUAUAUGAGUUUGUCCUUAAAUUGGUGGCUUAUGUAAUUUCUUGAAUUAAAGUUAAAUAAGA